AUGAGAGCUAUCCAGUACUGUCCGCUGCUCCUGCUUACCCUGGUCCUGCUAACAACCAACAGUGAGGCUCUGCGAUGUAUUUCCUGUAUGGGCUCCAACAACGAGGACUGCAACCAACAAGGCUCCAAAUCGUGUCCCAGCUUCUCUGACGCCUGCGCUGUGGUGGUGGGCCAUGACAGUGGGGUGAUGAAGUCAUGCUCCUACAAGUCUUUCUGCAGUCAGGCGAACAGCCAGGGCUACAGGGCGCCGGGCGUCAGAGUCAACUGCUGCUACAGCAACGACUGCAACGUGACAAGCUUCGCCUCGUCACUGCCGGGACUCAACUAUCUGCUGUUGCUCCUGCCUCUGUUGUUCCACUGCUUUUUCAAGUAG